AUACUUCGUUGCUGUUUUGUUUUGUACCUGUCGAAGAGAGUAGCAACAAUUUAAGUUUGUAAGAUUUUUUUGGUCAUAACUUUAAUAAGUUGAUUUAUUGAUUUCUCAACAACUGCAGGAGAUGACGGCCACCACGCCCAGCGGCUCCUGAGAGACGGAGGCCACAGCGCCUCCCGGGGGGUCGGCCCGCGUGCACGGGGGCUUGUCGCAGCGUGCCGCCCAGUGGAACAGCAGGGCCAGGCUGCGGUUCACCUCACCGGCGGCAGUCUGCGCGUCGCAGCCGCUCACCAGCUGCAGGUGGCUGCAUCGCACCAGCCGUAGCAGUUAGCGAGAGCUCAAAAAAAUGAGUGAAGAGAAACUGGUCCAUGAGGUCCCAAGCAGCUUAAAACAAUUAGCAAGAUUGGUCGCUCGAGGAUUUUAUAGCAUUGAAGAUGCACUGAUCGUCGACAUGUUGGUGAGAAAUCCUUGCAUGAAGGAGGAUGAUGUGUGCGAACUUCUCAAAUUUGAGCGGAAAAUGUUGCGGGCUAGGAUUGCUACUCUAAGAAAUGACAAGUUCCUUCAAGUGCGCUUGAAAAUGGAAACGGGUUUGGAUGGAAAAGCACAGAAAGUAAACUAUUAUUUUAUAAAUUAUAAAUCGUUUGUGAACGUAGUGAAGUACAAGCUAGAUAUAAUGCGAAAACGCCUCGAGACAGAAGAGAGAGACGCAACAAGUCGCGCCAGUUUCAAGUGUCCAUCAUGCAUGAAAGCGUUCACGGAUCUGGAAGCUGAUCAGCUGUUCGACUUUGACACCGGAGAAUUCCGGUGUACGUACUGCAGAGAGGUGGUGGAAGAGGAUCUGUCUGCAUUGCCCAAGAAAGACUCCAGACUGCUGUUGGCGAAAUUCAACGAACAGAUGGAGCCUUUGUAUGUUUUGCUAAGGGAGGUGGAAGGCAUAAAGCUGGCGCCCGAGAUUUUGGAGCCAGAACCUGUGGACAUUAGCACCAUCAGAGGACUGGACACCAAACGCACUGGAGCAAAUCUUCUUAAGCCGACCGGAGAGAGCUGGUCCGGUGAAGCAUCCCGCUCACAAGGAUUUGCGGUGGAGGAGACACGGGUGGACGUCAGCAUCCGAGAGAAGGAGUUUCAGGAAGAACCUAGCACUCGCAAGGAGAAGCCGGUAUGGAUGACAGAGAGUACCAUCAUCACAGAAUCCAGCGGCAUGAAUGACGAAGUGUCUCUGCCAACCACGGAUGCUGCCAUGGAGAAGGCGGGAGCGAAAAGCCAGGAGGACAUCAUGUCUGUGUUGCUGGCUCAUGAGAAGCCCUCUGUGGGUUCCACUGCAGCUGCGGUGAAGGCCGUCCAGGCGGAGAGUGGUUCGGAGGCCAGCGGGGAUGAUGACUUCAAGGACGUGGACGAGAUGGAUGUACUGGACUCGGACGAAGAGGAAAUGAUUCCUUUGGUGACAGUAGGUGAUCGCAGUGUGGAAGUGACGCAAGUGGAUGAUGCUCUCAUCACCCAGAUGACACCGACUGAAAAGGAAGCAUACAUUCAAGUGUAUCAGGAGUAUUUCUCACACAUGUACGACUAAUGCUGACCUGCAGUUGGUUGGCAACCUCCAAAGCCAGUGCAGCAGUUUCUGUCCACACAGAGGCAGCAAUACCGUAGCGAGAGUUGUUGGCCUGCGCUACGGCUUCUUUUGCUGUCCUGAACGAAGAUACAGACACAACUGGUGCCAGCACAUCAUCUUCCACAACCUUGUUGCUUUCCACGUUUGUGCCGAUGACAACAGUUGGCGUGAAAAACCACUCAGAUGAUUGUAAGUCAUUUUCCAAUUUUGCCUGAAUCAUCUGAAAUGUGAAACCUCUGUAUAAACAAAGCUAUAUAUAGACUUUGGGAGGUUAGUUGUUAUCAAAAGAUAAAUUAUUGCUCGUGAAACAAUGUUUUCCAUAUACCAUGUGUUGCAACAUUUUUGCAAUGUUUUGCAGAGCAAAAUACAUUGUUGUAGAGAGGUAUUACAGUUUUAUAAGUGGAAUCCAAGAAAAUCAUGUUCUUGUCUAAAUCUCAUUAUUAUUA